UGAGUUCGACCUGAGCGACGACAUUGUACUUGCAGCAUAUAUAGCAGGGUGUUCAUGUGCAUUUUAUGUGGAGACCUAUAUGACUAAAAUACCAUUGCAUACGAAUAUACAAAGUGGGUAUGAAUGGGUACAGUAUACAUUAACUGGAAAUAAGGAGAAAUGUCGAAGAAAUUUUUGAAUGUCAAGCCAUGUGUUUGGACAACUAUGUAAUACAUUGCGCCAGUAUGGAUAUAACGGUACCAGAAGAAUUUGAUUGGAAGAGUCUUUGGCAAUGACAUUGGUGGUACUUGGUCAUGCCGAGGGUAAUAGAUGGGUACAAGAAAGAUUUCAGCACUCGGGUGAGACAGUACAUCGACACGUGACCACGGUAGUUAAAUUGUUAGCCACUGUAAUGGCACCAGACAUUAUCAAGCCUGCUGAUCGUACAUUUCAGGACGUGCCAGAACAUAUUCAGCAUUCAAGUCAAUAUUGGCCACACUUUAAGGGUUGCAUUGGUGCGAUUGAUGGGGUCCACAUCCCCGUGAUCAUACCAGAUGAGGAGCAACACCCGUACUAUAACAGGAAGGGGAUCACCACAACAAAUUGCAUGUGUGCGUGUGACUUUGACAUGAAGUUCACAUUCGCAUGUGUAGGGUGGGAAGGGUCAGCGCAUGACACGAGGAUUUUUUUUAGCUGUCUCAAUAAUGAGAGCGACAACUUUCCAAAAGCUCCAGCUGGAAAGUAUUAUCUUGUUGAUUCAGGGUACCCUAUGAGGAAAGAGUUCCUUGCACCAUAUAAGGGGGAGAGGUACCACAUCCCCGAAUUUCAGCCUUAUGAAGUGCUGCAUCAUCCAUAGGAGAGAUAUAAUUAUCUCCAUUCGUCACUCCGUUCGGUCAUAGAACGAACUUUUGGAGUUUGGAAGAAUAAAUGGAAAAUUUUGAGAAAUAUGCCAGGGAAGAGUAUACAUAGUCAAUCGAAAAUCAUUGUUGCUACAAUGGUUCUUCACAAUUUCGUUAGAGCACAUGGGAUAAAUAAUAAUGUUAACAGUUCCAGAUAUACAUGGGGCACAUCUGAACGUAGUGAGAGAGGUCAUUAUGAUGCCGAGGCACAUGCAAUCUCAAUCUUGGACGAACCUGAGAUGAAACAAGUUCGUGACAAUAUCACAGCAUCGAUAUGUGCGGACCAUAACUGAGUAUGGUGACUAUUAUUUUUGUCACAAUGGAAAUUUAGUGUGGUUGAAAAUAUCAUUGACAUUAUGGAAAUUUUGUUUGUGGGGACCAAAUUGGACAGUUCACAAACUUCUAGUAUUGUAUUACCAUUUUUUGUUAUAUUGUUGGUAAGCACAACUGAAGGCUCACAAAACUUGAUUGUAAUACCAUUGCAGUAUGCAUUUGUAUAUAAUCGUUACACGUGAAA